CCGAUCGUUCCAGAGUGUAUCUAUGGCAUGGAUGAGACGGGGCUGCAACAAGGGGUGGGGGGUACAGAGCGCGUUAUUGGACCAUCUGGGCGAAAGUUUCAGUAUCAGCAGGAGAGCGGAGACCGGGAGAACAUCACGGUGCUGGUAACCAUAUGCGCAGAUGGCUCUUCAAUACCGCCAGCGGUCAUCUACAAAGGCGAGGCAUAUCAGGCAGCAUGGAAGCAAGAUAAUCCUCUGAACGCUUCGCUGGGCUACUCGAAGAAGGGCUAUGUGAACGGAGAGAUCAGCGCAGAGUGGAUCAAGCAAUUUGACAAGCAUACGAAAGAGAAAGCUGCAGGGCGUCGCCGUCUGCUCUUGGUCGAUGGACACAACUCACAUUACACCUUCGAGUUCCUUGACUAUGCUCGCAAGAACCGCAUCCAUGUCCUGUGCUACCCAUCGCACUCUACCCAUGUCUACCAGGGACUCGACGUCGUCAUUUUCAGUGUCUUGAAACAGCACUGGAAGCGAGCGCGGGAUACACUCGAGCGUCGAGGGGAGAAGGUCACCAAAGCGACAUUCCUCUCGGUCUACGGUGGGGUUCACGUUGCAGCCCUCACACCGGCGAAUAUCAAGGCUGCAUUCCGGAAGACGGGAGUCGAACCAUUCAAUCCCGAUGUCAUAACAGCGGAUCUCAUGGCGCCGAGCCUCGAGACGUCCUCUCAAGGUCACCUCCCGUUCAUGCAAACAAGUCCUGUGCGC